UUCCCGACUGCUCUGCGCAGGGUAGAAUAAAAAGUCGAGGACGCGCGCGUGCCUUCACAGCUUUCGUCCAGUAGUUUUACAUAUAGGCGUGAUAAUUUCUGUUACCUGGCGCGUGGAUGUGACAGUUUUCUCACCUGACUUCAGUCGAGCUGACUCGUGUUGUUAACAAUUAUCAAAGGCCAAUAUACCCAGCGACGCGCACUCCAGAGUGACGCUGACCCUUUGAAGUCAGGCUUGUAACCACGUGCCAUUGUCGCGAGUUGGUGUUGGUCACGCUCCUGAAAUAUUUGCAUAAGAAUUUAAGUGGUAGAAAAAUUGACGCUGCAAAGUCGUCCAGGAUGUAACUUAGGUGGACAUAUUCUUGAGUAGAAGAAGAGUAAAGAUUGUUUUAGCUUGGAGCAUUGUCUUCAGUUAACAGUUGUCAUCACUUUGAGAGUUGAAAAAGCAUACUUGCAACACAAACUAGAAGCCUACUCUCGGCUCCUGAUGAUAUACUGAGGGUGCCGAUCUUCAAAAAGACACACAACUAUUUUGCUGCCGAGAGAAGACAAACCACUCCUGCGAGACCAUGGCACCCCACUCAAACACGCUCUCCACUUUUGACCAUCUACGUUUUGGCGAUAGGGACAAAAUUAAGCUGAGGAAACCAAUUGUUGAGAAGAUGCGCAGAGACCGCAUCAACAGUUGCAUCGACCAGCUUAAAGAUCUUCUUGAGAAAGAGUUCCACAGCCGUGACCCUAACAUCAAACUUGAGAAGGCCGAUAUCCUGGAGAUGACGGUCAGCUUUCUGAAACAACAGCUUUCAGGAGAGCUGGCUAAAAGGGAUUACAGUGAAGGCUUCUCUAAUUGCUGGAAAACAUCUGUCCAUUUUCUUAGUAUUCAUUCCAAUGCCGGAGGAUCUGGCCGGGAGAUCCAGCAUCUCCACAAUGCCCAGCAAACAAUCUCAUCUUCUUCACCCUCCUCUAAACUGAACACAGCCGGUCUACAACAGCUUGAUACCAGGAGACCCGUAUGGAGACCCUGGUAGAGAUACUAAGACUCAGAGUUGUACACCUGAGGGAUUGUUUUAUUAACAUCCCUCAUAAUAGUAGGAGAUGUUAUUUCCGAAAGAUAAAGUUUGUUGAGUCGUCAUAUUGAUUGACAGAAACUUUAGACAAACAGGUGUUUGUCAGUGGAAGAAGGUGGUUUUCCUGUAUAGCCUCUUGUUCUGUAUCUAUAGCUCUUAAUGUGAUUUUUUUUUUCUAAAUGUUAAUGUCAGUUUUAUUAAUAUUUUGUAUAUUUAAUUGAGGUUGACUCCAGUGGAGUUUGUGGUUCAUGUAUCAGAUCUUUAAACUGGUUUUGUACUUAAAAAAAGUUUUUUAUAAAAGUGUAUUUCUAUUGGUGCUGACUAAUUCUGCAUUGUUUGUUAGAUAAGGCAUGUUGUACCUUUGAUAAAGGUGUGUUAUUUGUUGUCUUGACUCUUUACAAAGUUGUUCUUGUAUUUAUGUUAAGCUCUUAUGUCAUCUAUUUUCUUAUUAAUAAAAUUCUACUUUAACAAAUAA